AUGGACGACAAACUGCGGGCGUACGGGCUGCGGCCUGAGUCUCGCGUGCUCAUCAUCAUGACCGGCGGCACCAUCUGCAUGCGCCCGUCGCCCUCAGGCUUCGUCCCAGCACGAGGCUUCCGCGAGGCCGUCCUCGAGCCGUCGCCGACCUUCAACGACGGCAGCGCCCCCGGCCAGCUCGAGGUCGUGGUCAACAGCGCCGGGGAGCGAGCCAGCCACGUCUCGCUGCGCACUCCGGCCAGCAGCUACGGCACCCGGGUGCGCUACGCCGUGUACGAGUUCGACGAACUGCUCGACAGCAGCUCGAUCGACGCCAAAGGAUGGGCGCAGAUCGCGCGCGCGAUCGCCUGGAACUACAAGCUGUUCGAUGCCUUCGUGGUGCUGCACGGCACCGACAGCCUGGCCUACACCUGCUCGGCGCUGAGCUUCAUGCUGCAGAACCUGGGCAAGCCGGUGAUCCUGACCGGCAGCCAGACGCCCAUGCUGCAGCUGCAGAACGACGCGGCAGACAACCUGCUGGGCGCGCUGGUGGUGGCAGGCCACUUCAUGGUGCCGGAGGUGUGUCUGUACUUUGACGGGCGACUGUUCAGGGGCAACCGGACGACGAAGGUCGCGGCCAGCGACUUUGCGGCGUUUGCGAGUCCGAAUGCGCCGCCGCUGGCGACGACGAGCUCGAUGAAGACGGACGUGGCGUGGCAUCUGGUGCGCAAGCCGACGAGCAUCGAGCACUUCAGGAUCCGGACGAACCUGGACACGACGCAUGUUGCGUGUCUGCGUAUCUUCCCCGGCAUCCAGCCUGAGAUGGUCGACUCGGUGCUGAAGCUGGAGGGCCUCCGGGGGCUUGUGCUGGAGACCUUUGGCGCCGGCAAUGCGCCCAGCGGACAGGACAACAGGAUGACCAAGGUGCUUGCCGACGCCAUCAAACGGGGCAUAGUCAUCGUCAACGUUACUCAAUGCCUCUCUGGGAGCGUCUCGCCCGUGUAUGCCACCGGGAUGACGCUCUCGCGCGCCGGCGUCGUGGCUGGCGGCGACAUGACGACGGAAGCGGCCCUGACGAAGCUGGCGUACCUGCUGGCGAUGCACGAUGCGACGCCCGAGUCCGUCGCCAGGGACAUGUCGCUCGACCUGCGCGGCGAGCUGUCCGACCACCACCACCCGCUCUUCCGGCACCCCGACGGCGCCCUGCCCGACCGCGUCAAGAGCCUGACGGCGCUGGGCUAUGCCAUCUCGCACGGCGACCUCGCGCAGGUCACUGACAUCAUGCGCGGCGGCCAGGAGUGGCUCCUCAACGACCACGACUACUCCGGCAACACCCCUUUGCACCUCGCGGCGACGUCCCCUGAGAUCUCGAUCCUGCGGUACUUCCUGCUGCACGGCAGCUCCGUCCACCUGCGCAACAACACGGGCAAGACGCCUCUCUUCCUCGCGGCCAACGCCGGCCUGGUCGACCACGUCGAGCUGCUGCGUCGCUCGGGCGCCCACCUGCACGCCGACGAGCUCGCCGUCGCCGAGCUGCACGCCAGGCGCCGGCCGGACAUCUGGGCCAUGGCGGGCGUCGACCUGCCCAAGCUGAACAACGCAGACGCAGCCGUCAACAGCAGCAGCAAUACCAACGGCAGCAGCAGCAGCAGCAACGGCACCGGCAAUGGCAAGGGCAAGGACUGA